AUGCCAAUAAAAAGAACUCGUGGUAAUAUUGAAAUACCACGCAUUAACAUUGUAAUACUUAUUGUUGGUACAAGAGGUGAUGCUCAACCAUUCAUAGCCCUUGGUCAGGCGCUUUUAGCAGUUGGCCAUCGUGUUCCCGAUGAUCCAGCUGACUUAAUGUCUUUUAUGGUGAAAAACUCAGGUAUUAUUCCUUCCGUAAGUAGUAUUACUACAGUUGAUCUAGCACAAUAUCGCCAUAUUCUAACUGAAAUUAUUUCAUCAACGUGGCGUGCUUGUACUGUCGAAGUUGAUGAAACUGGUGAAUCACUUACAGCUCAAACUGUUAUUCCAAAUCCACCAUCGUUUGGUCAUAUUCAUUGUGCAAAAAAACUACAAAUUCCUCUACAUAUUAUGUUUACAAUGCCGUGGUCAGCUACAUCGGUUUUUCCACAUCCAUUAUCUAAUCUUGCUUAUUCGAAAACGUCUGUAGAAAAAAUUAAUUUUUUAUCUUACAUUUCUAUUGAAAUGUUUGUAAGCUAUAAUGGAAGCAUUACAUAUUUUCGUCAAGCAACAUUUAUUAUGGUUGAUGAACAUGUACCGUUUACUUAUUGUUGGUCGCCAUCGAUUGUUCCUAAACCAAUCGAUUGGCCACCAUAUAUUAAUGUUUCAGGAGUUUUCUUGCUGAAUCAUGAUGCUACCGCUGAUAAAAAACGACCCAAUGAUCUAAUUAAAUUUCUUGACAUUGAUGAUGAUCAUCGGAAUGAAUUAUUAGCAUCAUCAAUUAUCUAUAUUGGUUUUGGUUUUGGUUCAAUCACAGACAAUGAUUCUGAUCGUCUAUUUCCUGUCGUACUUGAAGAGCUUAAGAAAACUGGUCAUCGUGCUUUAUUAUAG